AGGAGCCUGUAGUACCCGAGCAGUGCGCAGCCGUCACGGAGAAACUUGGGGAAUAUCUAAUCACUGUCGGAUACUAAACCUUCUCCGGGUUCAUCGGAGAACUAAGCCAUCUCCGGGUUCAUUGGAGAACUAAACCAUCUCCGGGUUCAUUGGAGAAUUAAACCUUCUCCGGGUUUAUCGGAGAACACAACCAUCUCCGGGUGUAUCGGAGAACUAAACCUUUUCCAGGUCUAGCGGAGAACUAAACCUUCUCUGGGUACAUCAACGAUCUAAACCAUCUCCGGAUACCCAUCAUAGCUGAACCGAACCUUGUUCAAAUAUUAAAUUGCUCCUGGUUGGUUUCUUGGCUCUCCAGUUUUUAGCUCAAGCUCAGCAAUCCUGUUCAAAUACAAAGGAAUUGAGUCUUUGAAACAAACUCUGAUUUUCUAAUCACUAUAUUCUUGGAACCAAAUGUUGCUGACC